GGCCAGAUGGAGGACUACCACAAACCAGACCAGCAGACUGUGCAGGCGCUCAGGAACAUCGCCACCCGGCUCCGGAUCAACUCCAUCAAGGCGACCACCGCAGCGGGCAGCGGUCAUCCCACAUCAUGUUGCAGCGUAGCAGAGGUCAUGUCUGUGCUCUUCUUCCAUACCAUGAAGUACCGACCUGAAGACCCCCGCAACCCCAACAACGACCGGUUCAUCCUCUCCAAGGGUCAUGCAGCUCCUGUGUUGUACGCCGUGUGGGCAGAGACCGGCUACCUGAAGGAGAACGAGCUCUUCAACCUGCGCAAGGUCGACUCCAUCCUGGAAGGACACCCAGUGCCGAAGCAGCAGUUUGUGGAUGUGGCCACUGGAUCUCUGGGCCAGGGCCUGGGAGCCGCCUGUGGGAUGGCGUACACCGGGAAGUACUUUGACAAGGCCAGCUAUCGGGUGUUCUGCCUGCUGGGGGACGGAGAGCUGUCCGAGGGCUCGGUGUGGGAGGCCAUGGCUUUCGCCUCCUUCUACCAGCUGGACAACCUGGUGGCCAUCUUGGACAUCAACCGCCUGGGUCAAAGCGAACCGACUCCUCUGCAGCACCAUGUGGAGAAGUACCAGCGGCGCUGUGAGGCCUUUGGGUGGCAAGCAGUCAUCGUGGACGGCCACAGUGUGGAGGAGCUGUGUAAGGUGCUGAGUCAGCCCCGCCACCAGCCACUGGCCAUCAUCGCCAAGACCAUCAAGGGCAAGGGCAUGUCAGUGGCUGAGGAUAAGAUGGGCUGGCACGGCAAACCUCUGCCCAAAGACAUGGCCGAGAGCAUGAUCAAGGAGCUGCAGGGCCGCAUCAUCAGCUGCAGCAAGCGUCUGUACCCUGCUCCCCCGAUGGAGGACGCGUCGCCCGUCAGCCUCCGCAACAUCCGCAUGCCGAGCGCACCCAGCUACAAAUCUGGAGAAAAGAUGGCCACGAGGAAGGCGUACGGCAUGGCUCUGGCCAAGCUGGGUCGCUACAACGAGCACGUGGUGGCUCUGGACGGAGACACGAAGAACUCCACCUUCGCCGAGCUCUUCAAGAACGAACACCCCAACCGCUACGUGGAGUGUUACAUCGCAGAGCAGAACAUGGUGAGCGUGGCGAUGGGUUGUGCCGUGCGCGACCGUAACGUGGUGUUCGCCAGCACCUUCGCCACCUUCUUCUCUCGAGCCUACGACCAGCUGCGCAUGGCCGCCAUCUCUGAGAGCAACAUCAACCUCUGCGGCUCCCACUGCGGCGUCUCCAUUGGGGAAGACGGACCCUCUCAGAUGGGUCUGGAGGAUCUGGCCAUGUUCAGAGCCAUUCCCACUGCGACCGUCUUCUACCCGAGCGACGGUGUCUCCACUGAGAAGGCCGUGGAGCUCGCCGCCAACACAAAGGGUGUGUGUUACAUCCGAACAAGUCGCCCAGAGAACAACAUCAUCUAUAACUGCAAUGAAGACUUCCAUGUUGGUCAGGCAAAGGUUGUGUACAAAACCAACGAUGAUCAUGUGACUGUGGUCGGCGCAGGAGUGACCCUUCAUGAGGCUCUGGCUGCUGCUGAGAUGCUGAAGAAAGAGAGAAUCAACAUCCGUGUGAUCGACCCGUUCACCAUCAAACCCCUGGACUCCAAGACCAUCAUUGACAACGCCAGAGCAACCAGAGGACGCAUCAUCACAGUGGAGGACCACUACUAUGAAGGUGGUCUGGGCGAGGCCGUGUGCUCGGCUGUCGUCAACGAAACCGGCUUCAACGUCCAGCGCCUGGCAGUUUCCCAGGUGCCACGCAGCGGAAAGCCCCAGGAGCUGCUCCGGAUCUUCGGCAUCGACCGUGACGCCAUCGUUCAGGCGAUCCGUAAAAUGCUCAGCACCUCCGCCAACGCCAAGUAA